AUGCCCACGCGAAUGCCGCCCAAGGCCAAGCCCAGUCAACAGCGGUACCGUACGCAGAAGCGGCAGAAGCUUGAACGCCUCGAGCACGACGUCCAGCAGCUCCAGCGGCACAUCGCGCGCUGCGAAGGCCAGCUCGAGGUCUUGCGCACAUCCGUGUGUUCGCACGACGGUCCUCUCCGCACCGCGGCCGAUUUCUUCUCGCACUUUCGCCACGGGUACCAGGUCCACCGACCGGACUUGAGGCAGCAACAAGACGCGUUCCUCUGCAGCGUCAUGCAGCCCGACUUGCUCAUUAUGAACGAGAGAAGUCUCGAGAAGCUCUUUGCCCAGUGGCGGCUCUACUACCACCUCUUUCCGGCGUUUGAGAUGGAGAUAUUGGCGCUCGACGUGCUCGUCUGCGACGAGACGCGUCUCGUGCGCGCGCCACCCGACUUGCUCAUUAUGAACGAGAGAAGUCUCGAGAAGCUUUUUGCCCAGUGGCAGCUCUACUACCACCUCUUUCCGGCGUUUGAGAUGGAGAUAUUGGCGCUCGACGUGCUCGUCUGCGAUGAGACGCGUCUCGUGCGCGCGCCGGUGACGCUUCACCUGCGUCUCUCUCGCUACUCGCUGCAGUGUCUCUGCCCGCACAUUUUGCAGGACGAGUGGCUCGUCCAGCGUUUGGUGGGCCAAGUGCUCUCGGUGCCAACGAUGAUUCAUUUUCAUUUUCGAAGCGACGGUGCGAUCGACCAAAUGGAGACAGCGACCGACAUCGCGGCGGCGCUCGUCAGCCUUUUGGGCAGCACGGACGAGGCACUUGUCGUGGCGGACGGCGCGCAGAUGAACUCAAGCGGCGAGCUCACGCAGGUGCAGCGCGGCUUUGUAUGGGCAUUUGCCAAGCAGUGGAAUCCAUAA